GUGCAUGAAGAUGUGAAUGAUCUGUCCGUCGCUGUUCAGAGUCCUGCUCUUCGUCGUCCUCAGCCAUACCUAUACCUGUUGGCUCCGGUGUCCGAGGGCGACCAAGCUCGUCACGACGUCGUCUCCGUUCUUCCUCCUCCUCUUCGGCUGCCAUUUGCUCUUCGUCUUCUUCGUCAACCCGCUCAAGCUCGUGAGGAAUCACUGUGGCGACACUUCGUGCAUCGUCAUCUUCAUCAUGCAUGUACUCGCCAUCGCCGCCCUCCUCCAUGCGCGAAGGAUGCCGUCGAAGCCUCAUGUUCGGCAAGCAUACCCUCAAGAGAUCGGAUCUUGUCGACAUGAGAUGCUAGGGACAUCUGGGUCUCAUGGAGUUGCGCCUGAAGUUGCGCUAGCGCCGCCGUUGAGUCCUGUGUUGACGUCGAACUACCGGUCACUUGACUCGAUUCGGCCGGCUGUGGCUGCUGCGUCGAUUGAGCAGCAACGACGGGAGGAAGGGUCUGCGGAUAAGGAGGGAGAUUCGGUGGCUGCCGGAAAUGUUCAGGUCGAAUGAAGUCUCAAGUUUGUUAAUAGUACGCACCAAGUUAC